AUGCUUGGGAGCAAUUUUUUACUCUAUCUAGCCUCUAGCGGAGGCGAUCGGAAACUGCGUCUAUGGGACCUGCGUAACACUCUGCAGCCAGUCAUAGACGUGGAUGUGCUCUACUCUGGUCCUGUAACCUCACUGGAUUUCAGUCAACGCGGCCUCCUUGCAAUGGCGUCGGGUUCAUUGGUUCAGGUAGGUCAGAAUGGGUCAAAUUAUGGCAAUAAUUUUGCCACUUUAACCAGAGUUAUUCUCAUUCGUUAA